GUCUCUUGCAAACCCAAACCCAACACAACAACACACAAUCCCUCCCCUCUCUCUCACUCCUUCUCUCUCUUCCUUCCUUCUCUCUCAUCUCGCUGUCAGCAACUUCCAUUGUUGGAGACGGGAAGGUGAAGAGAGAGCGACAUAGACGAAGAGUUGUGGACAGAGAAAGCACCUAAGCAGACACAAAACUUGAAACUCAUGGCUCAGCCAACUCCCGACGCCGCCGAUCUGAAUCCGCAGCAGCAGCAGCCGCAGCCGCAGCAAUGGGCGCAGCCGCAUCAGUAUCACCAACAAUGGAUGACCAUGCAAUAUCCGGCUUCGGCUAUGGCGAUGAUGCAGCAACAGAUGAUGAUGUAUCCGCCGCAUUAUGUCCCUUACGUUCACCAAUAUUAUCAGCCGCCAUACCACCACCCGCACUUGAAACAGCCGCCGUCACAGCCGCAGCACCACCAGCAGAGCUCCAACGAUGAGAUCAGGACGAUCUGGCUCGGUGACUUGCAUCACUGGAUGGACGAGAACUACCUAAAUAGCUGCUUUGCUCACACAGGCGAGGUAUAUUCAGUGAAGGUUAUACGAAAUAAGCAAACUGGUCAGUCUGAAGGAUAUGGAUUUGUUGAGUUUUGUACACGUGCAACAGCUGAGAAAGUUUUACAGAGCUACAAUGGCACUAUGAUGCCAAAUACAGACCAGCCAUUUCGCCUUAAUUGGGCUGCUUUCAGUUCAGGCGAUAGGCGAUCUGAUGCUAAUUCAGAUUACUCUAUAUUUGUUGGGGACUUGGCUGUAGAUGUUACCGAUGCUAUGCUACAGGAAACCUUUGCAAGCAGAUAUUCAUCUGUUAAGGGAGCAAAAGUUGUCAUUGAUUCUAGCACUGGCCGUUCAAAAGGUUAUGGCUUUGUUAGGUUUGCUGAUGAAAAUGAAAGAUCCAGGGCGCUGGCUGAAAUGAAUGGUCAAUAUUGUUCAAGUAGGCCAAUGCGAAUAAGUAUUGCAACUCCAAAGAAAUCAUACGGACACCAACAACAUUACUCUUCACAAGCUGUGGUGUUGGCUAAUGGAUAUUCUUCUAAUGGUGCUAUGGCCCAAGGUUCCCAGUCUGAAGGGGACUCUUUUAACACAACUAUAUUUGUUGGAGGGCUUGAUUCAGACGUCAGUGAUGAAGAUCUCAGACAACCGUUUUUGCAAUAUGGUGAAGUUGUCUCCGUGAAGAUACCCGUUGGAAAGGGGUGUGGUUUUGUUCAAUUUGCUAACAGAAAGAAUGCAGAGGAGGCAAUUCAGGCAUUGAAUGGGACAGUAAUAGGAAAGCAGACAGUGCGUCUUUCUUGGGGUCGCAGUCCAGGAAAUAAGCAUUGGAGGACGGAUUCCAAUGGAGGUCACCAUGGAGGGCAAGGUUAUGGUGUAAGACAGAAUCAGGCCUGAAAAUGCAAGCUGUACUUAAGUAGAAGGGGCUUUAAAACGGUGAUGUAGCAAUUGCAAGUCCAAGCAGCAGUGAAAAUUGAAGCAGGAUGGAUUUUAUUGCCCUUUAACUAGAGCUGUAGUAUGCUGAAUUUUGUAGCUGGUUAAUACUGUCGUGAGAGAUUCUUAAGAUUGUAUUGAUAUCUUGUUUGAAAUUUUGGGGUGUGCUUGAACAUAUAUUAUUUAGUUCGGAUUCUUUAUCAA